UCUCUGGCUGCCAAACACACAUUGCUAACGACUAAUAACAAAUUACGUAAAUUGGGCAGCUAGCUGGAUAGGUCAGCUAGUGUUCGAGUUUGCUGCUAUUUCCGACUCAAAUAGCUAGCCAAGUUACUCGAUUAUCAAUUUCGGGAAUCAAUGGGACCAACUUACUUCUGGUUGGUGAGCUAGCGUUACACAUUUACAAAGUAACAAAGUAAGUGCUGCUGUCUGUCCGCAUUUAGCUAACCUUAGCUGCAUGACAUUGGAAAGUAGACUCCGAGGUAGCAAGCUAGUUGUUAACAAUCCAGCCAUCCAAUCCUCUUGCUAACUGCCUAGCCAGCACCAGCCACAGUCACAGUAGCCACAAACAUUAGUUUAGCUCACACUCCGGGCAACCUGAAAGCAGCUUCCCAUCCCCAUGCUGAAUUUCGAGAGAAGCUGUUAUCUAGCGGUCUGUCCGUGAUGUUCGCCUGCUAAUGACCCUGGCUAAUAACUUUACUGAGAGUGGCUAACGGUGGAUGUUACCACAACGUAUCGAUAACUUGCUCACUAACAGCUGCAACUAACUUCACUAGCUAGACUACAGUAGACUAAUUAUGGUAAACGUUAUCUCACUGCUAGCUUUUAAUACAGUUCCUAACUUACAGUAAUUAUAAGUAACGCGAUCUUAUUGCGAGCUUUUAAUACUCUCUAAUUUACUGUAAUUAUUAGCUAGAGCUAUUAUAAUUAUUGUUAGCUAUGAAAUAAUCCUGUCCCAACUUUAUACUGGAGUUUAAUGUGGUUAAGAUAGCUGCGUAUUAAUAACGACUCAAUUUUUAGUUUUUGCAAAAUGUUUCUGAUAUAUAUAUAUUCUUUCCAGUAAAUUGCUUGAAGUAAAGUUAAGGUGCAUGUCUGGCUAGCUGGCGGUACCAAACGCUAUAUCUGUGUUGAUAAGACAAAUGGCAAGUGCAAUUUCCUCUGUUCCACUGUCGCACAAUAUUAUCCAUCUAAAAACGCUGUGUAGUGAUUAAGUCGGCUACAGUAACAUUAUUUCUCCCAAUUUUUUUCCUUCGCUAUUUGAACAAAGCUGCUUACCAUCCUAACUUUUACUAAAGUUAACGUUAACCAGGCACCUGAUUUAGCUAUUUUUGUAAUCCGCUAGCUGCUUGCUACCACUAAAUGGCUACUUAAAAUGCCCAAGAUUGAUUUAUUUAUCCAGCGAUAUUUGAUUAAACAUGAUGAUAGUCCACAGUGUGUAAAUCUUAAAGUUUAAGCUCAGUGCAUAUCAUUUCCCUGUCUUGCACAGCAGGCUGAGGAAAUGAUAUGAACUGUCUGUAUGUAACGUUACACGCGAGCAGUCAGAAAGUGACACUGUGACACAGGGUCUAAACUGUUGGAAGGAUUCGGCCUGCAUAUUCAACAUUCUUUUUUGUGUAUUCUGCCCACAGUCUAGGUCAAUACCGCUAUUUAAGUUAACUUUAGCUGUAUGCACUGUGCAUGUAGAAAUGGGAGGCCAGAAAUGGCUGUUAAACGAAGGUGGGGUUAUGUUUUCAGUGGUGUGAGGAUGAACUUUGCACGACAAAAGGCUGAUGUUCAUGGCAGUUUGUGAACUUUUCAAGCCUUUCAAACCCGUUUUGCAAGAAGAAUAUCAAUAUUUUGCAAUGUAUUGUAACUCGACUUUCUGCACAAUAUGUUAGCCGUACAGCUAAUUAUCCACACACCUGGUCAGCUGUAUGUCCAGUGUAAUAGUGUCCACCUUCAAAGUUUUGCAGAUGAUUCGGCGUCAGGAUUAAAUUUAUUGGAGGGAAUGGUUGUGACCUAUUCCUGACCUUCAGAAUGCCAGAACUGACAUGGCCUCAAAUCACUUUAAGGUGGAGAGAAUUCACAAACUGUAUUUUUAAAAUGGUGUGAGAUAAGGCUUGGGCUAUCAGUCUAUGAAGUAUGAACACGCUGUCAUAACGUCACAUUUUACUCUAAGUAUUCUGUAAGAUCGGAACAGCAGUGUUUCAGUGACUGAAAUAUGAUAUAAACAUUUGCUGUGUACACCAUAACACUUUCACAGUACUGUGUUUUGCAGUGGCCUUAAAUUGAGCUAGAAUGAAUCCUGCCAAUGUGGUGUGUGUUGCCCUGGUAUUUAAUUUCAUUGUGCCCCAGUAACCAGGUAACACAGAUUUAGUCUCCAGCAGUUUGUGGAUUGGAGGAAAUAGCCUACAAGAAUUUACUUUGUCUAACCUCACACACAGGCUUUGGUUUGCUGAAGAUCUGUAUCGGUUCAAACCACUGUCAUUUUGUAAUGUAAUGUAAUGUAAUGUAAAACCACUGUCAUUUUGGUUGCUUUCACUGGUGUCAUUUUUCAUGUUGCUGAAUACAACUUAUCGGAACUCAUCGGCCUGUUUUGUGCCUGCUCUGGAGACGGUGGCUGCGAGGCGCCGGGUGACCCUUCCACCAUGACGGAGCCGGGGGGCAAGUGGUCCUGCGAGUACUGCACGUACGAGAACUGGCCGUCCGCCAUCAAGUGCACCAUGUGCCGGGCUCCCAAACCCGGCCCGGCCAUCAUCACCGAGGAGCCCUUCAAGAGCGUCACGGGCCUGGACACCUGCCGCGAGUGGGACCCCUCCAGCCCAGAGGGGGGCAGCACCCUGCUCAUCUGCCCGGACUCCAGCGCCCGGCCCCGCGUCCGGACGUCCGGCACGGGCGAGGUCAGCAGCAAGUGGUCCUGCCACAUGUGCACCUACCUGAACUGGCCCCGGGCCAUCCGCUGCACCCAGUGCCUGUGCCAGCGACAGCGCGCCCGCAGCCCCACCGACUCCGCCCCCCAGACCUCGGGCUCCGCCCCUCAGCGGCCGGCCCCGCCCUCCCCGGACCCCUGCGAGGAGUACAACGACCGGAACCGGCUCAACGCGCGGCCCGCGCUGCACUGGACCUGCGGGACGUGCACGUACCAGAACUGGCCCAAGACCCAGAGGUGUGUGGUGUGCGACCGGCCCAAACCCUGCGGGCCGGAGCCCGUGGAGCUGGGCGAGGCGGAGAACGAGCAGGACCGCGCCCCCCGGCGCGGCGGCGGCUGCAGCGGGGGCCAGAGGCGCUCGCCCCCCGCCUCCGCCAGGGAGGGGGAGCUCAAGAUGGACUUCCAGAGGAUCGAGCUGGCGGACGGGGCGGUGGGCUCCAGGGAGGAGCUGGAGGUGGACUUUAAAAAGCUAAAGCAGAUUAAGAACAGAAUGAGGAAAACGGACUGGUUGUUUCUCAAUGCUUGUGCAGGUGUGGUGGAGGGGGACCUGGCCGCCGUGGAAACGUACAAGUCAUCGGGGGGCGACAUUGCACGGCAGCUGACGGCGGACGAGGUGCGUCUGUUAAACCGGCCCUCGGCCUUCGACGAUGGCUUCACCCUGGUGCACCUGGCCAUUCGCUUCCAAAGGCAGGAUAUGCUGGCUGUGCUCCUCACUGAGGUGUCCCAGCAGGCGGCCAAGUGCAUCCCGGCCAUGGUGUGCCCCGAGCUGACGGAGCAGAUCCGCAGGGAGGUGGCCGCCUCCCUGCACCAGCGAAAGGGCGACCUCGCCUGCUACUUCCUCACCGACCUCGUCACUUUCACCCUGCCCGCAGAUAUUGAAGACCUUCCCCCUGCAGUUCAGGAGAAACUCUUCGAUGAAGUGCUGGAUCGGGACGUACAGAAAGAGCUGGAGGAGGAGUCGCCCAUCAUUAACUGGUCCCUGGAGCUGUGCACGCGGUUGGACAGCCGGCUGUACGCGCUGUGGAACCGCACCGCCGGGGACUGCCUGCUGGACUCGGUGCUGCAGGCCACCUGGGGCAUCUACGACAAGGACUCGGUCCUGCGCAAGACCCUGCACGACAGCCUGCACGACUGCUCGCACUGGUUCUACAUGCGGUGGAAGGAGUGGGAGUCGUGGUACUCGCAGAGUUUCGGCCUGCACUUCUCUCUGCGGGAGGAGCAGUGGAAGGAGGACUGGGCCUUCAUCCUGUCCCUGGCCAGUCAGCCAGGAGCCAGUCUGGAACAGACUCAUAUUUUUGUUCUUGCACAUAUUCUUCGUAGACCAAUCAUAGUUUACGGAGUGAAGUAUUACAAGAGUUUCCGUGGCGAAACACUAGGGUACACUCGUUUUCAAGGCGUGUACCUGCCGUUGCUGUGGGAACGGAGCUUCUGCUGGAAGAGCCCUAUCGCUCUUGGCUACACAAGGGGCCACUUCUCCGCCCUGGUUGCCAUGGAGAACGAAGGCUACGACAAUCGAGGCGCCGGCGCCAACCUCAACACUGACGAUGAUGUCACGGUCACCUUCCUCCCACUGGUGGACAGCGAGAGGAAGUUAUUACACAUACACUUCCUGUCUGCACAAGAGCUGGGGAACGAGGAGCAGCAGGAGAAGCUGCUGCGUGAUUGGCUGGACUGCUGUGUGACGGACGGCGGGGUGCUGGUGGCCCUGCAGAAGAGCUGCCGCCGGAGGAACCACCCCCUGGUCACCCAGAUGGUGGAGAAGUGGCUGGACGGCUACCGGCAGAUCCGGCCCUGCCCCACGCUCUCCGACGGCGAGGAAGACGAGGACGACGACGAUGAGUGAAGGGGAAAGUAUCCACGAGUGUGUAUCCCCCCCCCCCCCAGCUGGACAAAACGGAGAUGCACAGGGGGGUUAAAAAAUGGUCAUCGUUCGCCAUCUUACAGAAGUACUCAGAAAGGAAACUGUACAAACAUCCACGCAAACCUUUAAAUAAGAGGACAAACUUAAGACUGAGAGAACUAUGUUUCUGCAAAACAGAAUUUGAAAUUAAGGAUUCUGAUUUCACAGAAAUCACGGUUCAUCUUUAAAAUAAAAUCCCUCUCCCCUCCCCGUAUAUAAACCCUUAUCCAUUAAUAUAAUGCAUGCGGUUAUUAAAGAACUUGCAUAAUAGGAAAAUACCAGCAUCAGAAGGAACAUGGAAUCUUUGUAUUAGUUCAUUGUGGGCACUUAAAAAAAGCACAUUUUUUUUCUCAAAUAACGUUCUUUAGAUUUUGGAAAUUGUUUUCCGUUUUAAGUUGACGAUUCAGCUGACUCACUUUUUUUUGGGGGGUAAAAUCCAGCGUGGCAUCCCUGCAUAUCCCUGCUCUAGUCCACUGUCCCACGAGGAUAUUGUAUAGUAUGGACACUUAAUACUCGUACUGCACAUUUAUUAAAGAGGAUUUCUAUAAAUUCUACAACUUGCUGAAUCAAAAGGACAUUUAUGAAGUUAAGAGGAGGAAUACCCCAUUUCAGCAUAAAGAUCAUAUUAGAGAUCACCGUCGUUCGAUUCUUUCUUCUGCCCACCUUGGAAGUCCUUUUUAUUCUGAUUAUGAAUUCCAUGAGGAGGUACUCUUUUGGUCCUCUGUGUUUGGUCACCCCCAAUUUUAUGUUGGUUUAACUGUUAACCCAGAUCUUGAAAUUUAUGUUUCACACAAAAAAAAUAUAAUUCUUGCUGUGACGAAAACAAAUCUGUACAAGUUUACUUGCGUUUUGUGUGAUUGAGUACCUCAUUUUGAUGUUACAACUUUUGGUGCUUACUUUGGGCUGGGGGUGGGGUGGAGAGAAGAGUCGCCUGACACAUUCUCCAUUCAAAACAUUAAUUAACAUUAAAUUAUAAUCACUUCGUGUCCCUCUCGUGUUGUCAUAUUUCUGCUUUUCACUAUUUUUUUAACGUGUUCCAUCACCACACCAUCCUGCAUAUUUUUAGUCCUGUUUCCUUUUAAUAUGCAUCCUCUUUGUUUUUGUGUUAGAUUGAGUUUGAAAUUAAUGGAUUAUAAUUCAGCACUGACAACGGUGACAUUAACCAAAGCAAAGCCAAAUCAGGUGUUUCUCUGUGGAGUGGGUUCAGUGUUUUGGUUCUGGUUCUGGUUCUGUUCCUUCAGCCCGUUCCACAGAUUGAACAUCACUGGCCUGUUGCUUUGUUUUUUAAUGCAUUAGAUGUAACGUCUGUCUGAGCGCUUGGGUAGUCUAUAUUACCUGGUCAUUUUCUAUAUUUGGGGAAGGAUCUGGGUUAAGGAGAAACGGACGGGUAACUAUGAAUGACGACAUUCAGUGUCAUUUUUAACCAAACAAUAAAAUAACUGCUGUACAACAACA